CAUUCCUUCUUCCCUCCGUUCUGUUCAAUUUUUUUUUUCCUUCAAAACUUGAAGGUGGAGUUACUUGAACUUUGGGUGGGUGUGAGUCAUUUGUCAUAAAACUUGAAGCCAUUGAAAUUUUGACCCAUCAUUUGAGCGGGAAAUGAUUAUAUAUAUAUAACUCACAGUCUCAGACACUUCAUCUGCUUUGAGUGAACAACGAUGUCCAAGUUCGAAUACCCAAGGCUCCGAAGGGGCGAAAUCAUCGGAUUUCUCGCCGAUGCGCAGAUUGCAACCAUUUCUGAAGCCGAUCUCAUCCAUCCCAACCCAGAUUUCAUUACUAACCUCUACACAAGACUCUUACUACAUAUUGAUUCUCUCCCGGAAGAUCACGGGCAAGUCGAUUUUGCCGCCUUGGAACAGCUGGAGAACCCGGACAUGCAUGUCGACUCGGUCAGGACCUUCAAUUUGUUGAGCAAAAUCAAGGAGAUUAUGGAGGCUCUUGAGUGCCCUAGGACAUUCACCCUCAAUGAUCUGAUAAAGCCCGUCGGAGACAGAACAGAGUUGUUCCUUAGUGCCUUACUCAAUUUCUGUAUCGACAGGGAUUCAAAAAUGAAUAUUUUGAGACCAAUUGUGGACGAGCUGAACCUUCUUGAUGACCAACGGCUAGAGUUGGAGGCCAGAAUUUCACAGUUGAAUGCAGAGAUUGCAGUGUUUGAUGAAUCAAGAGAAAUGGAAAUGCCGCUUGUUCAAGAAGUAGAUGCUAAAGUUAAAGAGCUGCGUCAGACCAUUCCAGGUCUUAACAAUCACCAAAUGUCUUUGAAGGCUUCAAUAAGAAAAAUGAAGGAAAGGGCUAAAGAAAUGGAUGAGAAGAUUUCUAGUGCAGAAUUUGCCUUGGUACAAAGUGUCCAAGAUAAUGCCAAUUUACGCUCCAAGAUUGUUCAAUCACCUGAAAAGCUACAGAGGGCAUUAGAGGAGAAGAAAACAGUUCGAGAUGAGGCAAAGAAUGCUGAAAAGGCAGCUAUGCAAACUUUUCAGGAGAAGACAGCUACUGUUGAGGUUUAUACCAAGGCUUUUAAGAAAAUGUCCAAGCAGUUUGCUCAGAUGCAGGCUAUACAAGAACAGGUAAAUUCUGUCAAGUCAAUUGAAAAAGAUGUUAAGGUUCUGAAGGUUAAGCUGAGUGAUGAAGCAGUGUUAGAUAAGUCGCUUGAGGUGAAACUGGUUGAAUGGCAAAGGAAAGUGGAUCAGUUGGAUGAACUAAGAAAGCAGGUGGGAAAAGAAAGAGAUCUCAAGUGCGAGGAGGCUACAAAAGAAUUGAAUAAUGUGAAGUCUGAAGUGGAGUUUAAGAGGCAUGACAUGGAAUCAGAGAAAAUGAAGGUUGAAGCUGCUGUUGCAGAGGCAGAUGCUAUAACUGCGAAGAUUAAUGUGGUAAAAGAAUCAGGAGCAGCUAAAUGUCAAGAACUAGAACGUAAAUGCGAGGAGAUUGCAAGAGAGUUUCAUCGCUACUCGAGCUCUGUUGGGAAUUUGGUGUCAGGGAUUUGAAAUGGAGCCAGGACUCGGUCGUGUAUGAUGGAAGUCACUGAUUAGCCCACUCGUGCCACUGUGUGGAGCCGGAGCAGCUAAGCAAGGUCAACAAUGGCGGAUAUGGCCUUUUGUAAGCAAGCUCGGCGGAGUUUUGGCUGGUUCAGUGGGUACCACAUGAUUGAGAUCUUGUGUUAAGCAUGUCCUAAUAUCCCAACAUACACUUAACAGGGUGUCAAAAAUUCCUUUGAUUUACAUGAAUGUAUUUAGAAAAAUUUAUUAGGCAGGACUUUUGUAGAGCUAUUAUUUGUUGUCUUACUGUAACUCUCCUAAAUUCCACGUGGCAUUGUAGAGCUAUUAUUUGUUGUCUUA